UUUUUGCCCUGUCCAUUCAGAGAGAGUGCAUCUCAAUCCACGUGGGCCAAGCCGGAGUGCAGAUUGGCAAUGCAUGCUGGGAGCUGUACUGCCUGGAGCACGGGAUCCAGCCGGACGGACAGAUGCCCAGCGACAAAACCAUAGGCGGUGGGGACGAUUCCUUCAACACCUUCUUCAGCGAGACGGGGGCUGGCAAACAUGUCCCCAGAGCCGUCUUUGUGGAUCUGGAGCCAACUGUGGUGGAUGAAGUGCGGACCGGGACGUACCGCCAGCUCUUCCAUCCUGAGCAGCUGAUCACCGGCAAGGAAGACGCCGCUAACAACUACGCGCGUGGCCAUUACACGAUUGGGAAAGAAAUCGUCGAUUUUGUUCUGGACCGCAUCCGCAAACUAGCUGACCAGUGCACGGGCCUGCAGGGCUUCCUCAUUUUCCACAGCUUCGGUGGUGGCACUGGCUCUGGAUUCGCUUCUCUGCUUAUGGAACGGCUUUCUGUAGAUUAUGGUAAAAAAUCGAAGCUGGAGUUUGCCAUUUACCCAGCGCCACAAGUAUCCACAGCUGUAGUGGAGCCGUAUAACUCCAUCCUCACCACGCACACCACGCUGGAGCACUCGGACUGCGCGUUCAUGGUGGAUAAUGAGGCCAUUUACGACAUCUGCCGCAGAAACCUAGACAUCGAGCGCCCGACGUACACAAACCUCAAUCGCCUCAUCGGGCAGAUAGUGUCCUCCAUUACGGCUUCGCUCAGGUUCGAUGGGGCUCUGAAUGUGGACCUCACUGAAUUUCAGACAAACCUUGUCCCAUAUCCACGGAUCCACUUCCCUCUGGUCACGUAUGCCCCGGUAAUCUCUGCCGAGAAGGCAUACCACGAACAGAUCUCUGUAGCCGAAAUCACCAAUGCCUGCUUCGAGCCUGCAAACCAGAUGGUGAAGUGUGACCCUCGCCAUGGCAAGUACAUGGCCUGCUGCAUGUUGUAUAGAGGAGAUGUGGUGCCCAAGGAUGUGAAUGCUGCCAUCGCCACCAUAAAGACCAAGCGCACGAUCCAGUUUGUGGACUGGUGCCCAACAGGAUUCAAGGUCGGCAUUAACUACCAGCCGCCCACCGUGGUUCCAGGAGGGGACCUCGCCAAAGUGCAGCGCGCGGUCUGCAUGCUGAGCAACACGACGGCCAUCGCAGAAGCCUGGGCCAGACUUGACCACAAGUUCGACCUGAUGUACGCCAAACGUGCCUUUGUGCACUGGUACGUGGGAGAGGGGAUGGAGGAGGGGGAGUUCUCGGAGGCGCGCGAGGACUUGGCUGCCCUGGAGAAGGAUUAUGAAGAGGUUGGGGUAGAUUCAGUGGAUGGGGGGCUGGAGGAAGUGGAUGAUUACUGAGCGCAGGGGGGGGCAGCAUUCCUGUGACCCAUCAAGUUUUAAGUUUAAGAAAAGGUUAAAGGUUUUAUUGAUGUUAUUUUUACAUGUUUUACUUUAACAAUUAAAGUCUGUUACCAUGGAAACAUCUGCUUCUACAAAGAAGCCACUCCAACUUUAUUGCUCGUCUGGGGCACG